AUGUCGGCAUCAACAACCGCUGCUCAACACAAUCAUGAUAACAACCAAAAUCCAGAAAUUCUGGCUGGAUAUAGAGAUGAGAGAGAACCAUGUCCGGUUGUUCCUCUUCGUUAUUCCUCUUUAAAUAUAUCGAUUGAGGAAAAGGCUAGGAUCAUACAACAAAUGCUCAAAUCGGAACAUACAUAUUGGAUCUUUAAGAGAAAAGUGAAAGCAGAAAUUGCAAAAUCAAAAUAUAGCCUUGAUGAUGUUAGAAAUAAUUUGUUCCAAUACUUGCCUUCGACGUCUCUACCUCCAUCGUUUGCUCCUACUAAAACGAAGAAUGAUCGGAAUAUCAUUCAACAAAUAUUGGAACAAGAGGAAUGGGAUGUUUCAUUGGAUAACGAAGUAUUUAGGUUCAAUCUUGAAGCGGAGAGAAACACAAGACUAAGGCAGAAAUAUACAGAUUCUGAAGGAACUGAGGAAGAAGAUACAGGUCUUGUAAUACCUCCUCUUCCCUACGAGGAGGAAAAAUUAUUAAUUGUACAAGAAGCUCAAGCGAAAGGAGCGAGCGAAAGCUCCACUAGCAACAUUUCUGAAAUUUUGGAUGAAUUAACUGGAAUGAAAAUUACAACAAAAAAACCUGACGAAAACUCAGAACCAGAAGGCCCUCUCAUUUCAUCUCUCUCUGUAAAACCAAGAUAUACUGGCCUCUUCGAUAGUAAAAAGAUGAUGGAAAUGUGUAUAAGUAUUAGCAACUCAAACGCAAGUGAGAUGCUAAUGAGUGCUGGGUGGGGACAAAUCAAAUUGGAAGUCAAAACACCCUCUACUAAGGAACUUCAAGUCAUGUUUCAAGAUUUGGAUCCUGAAAAUUGUCAGAUUGGACUUGACGAUUUUAUCGAUGAAAAAUUCGAAAUGGAUUACUUGGAGAAGACUAAAAGAUCGCAGAAAAAUAUUCGAAUGGCCUACGAAAUUGCAAAACGAGGCGUUCCAACCUCACUUCGGGCAAGUAUAUGGGGAAAAAUUCUUGAAGUUGAAAUGGAUGAAAAACACAAAGAAUAUUUUGAAUUACUACGUAAAGAUGUCAGGAAGAGAGAAUUCUUAAUUGACCACAUGGUACACAAUGAUGUGAAGAGAACAAUGGACGAUGAAAAUUAUUUUGUUUUUGAGGAUGUUGCUGACGAAAUGAUGAUUAUUUUCUCGAGGGAUCCGUAUGUGGCCAAUAAUAUGGAACACCCACCAAAAUUUAUUGUUGGCUUGGACGAUGCAGGAAUUUCUCAAAACGAGGAAGUUUAUCCUCCAAGUGGUGUUAUUCCAUUCGAAGGGUUGUCCAUGUUGGCUGCCCCAGUCUGUUAUCUCAGCAAUGAUACCAUGGAAGUGUAUUUUUUGUGGCGUAAUUUGUACACCAGACUUUUUUGCAAGCUCCAUACCAUUUCUUCAAAAUCUGAAGGACUUAUUUCACUCUGUAGAUUAUUUGAGGAUUUAUUACAAGAUAAGGAUCCACAACUAUUUUAUCAUUUACUUCAACUGAAGAUACAACCUCUAGAAAUUGCCUUCAAUUGGAUAUUUCAUGCGUUUGCUGGAUAUUUGGCAGUCGAUCAGCUGUUAUUACUUUGGGACCGAAUAUUAGGAUUCUCUAACCUGUACAUUCUUCCAAUACUUGCCGUUUCUAUAUUCCUUUUCAGGUCCAAAUAUUUGCUCAAGGUGACAUCCAAACAAGAAAUAUUAGACAUUUUCUCUGACUUUACCGUAGUUCAAGUCAUUCCCUUAUUACAGAUGUUUUUAUUUAGUUAG